AUGGCCAGCGGUAGGCCUCCCGGGUCGCAUCAGCCUGCUGGCCACGAUGAUGACCUGCUACUGGACUCCGGUUCGAUGUAUAACUCCGGUCAGCCCCCGCCAGUGAAUGAUGAACACUUAUUGCAACGGUUCAACAUCGAUGACUCCGAUGAGCCCCACGCGCAGCCGCGCCCUUCCGUAUCCUACGAUCAGUUUGUCGGCAGCAAGGCGCAGCAUGCUGGGACUCAUCAAUAUGCAGCACCUGGCCCGGCGCAUGCGGGACACCUCCGCCCUUACCCAAACGAUCCCUACUCCGACGGUUCCAUGAAUCGUUCCUACUCGCAGACCUCCGGGCUCGACAACUACAACCGCUACUCCUUUGACGAACUGGAGGAUUCACACUCCGGAUAUUACGAUCUCGAUGCAGAUGACGACCGUAUAGCGAACGCGCACCAUGUCCAGAAGGCGAACGAGCGGAAUAGUAUCCUGGGAUUGGGUGGCGGGUUGAUGGGAAAGGCCAAAUACAUGUUUGGCAUGGGGCCGCAUGACUACUCUGAAAUGGAUCUUCCAUUGACAGAGGCCGGUGCAAGGAGAGCUACAGUGGAUAGCACUGACGCGCCGUUAGCUCCCAAGCAACGCAAGAAGUCCGGCGGCUCUGGUCUCAAGUCUUUCUUUAGGCGCAAGCCCGACCCCUCGACCCUGGGCCCUCGUAUGAUCCAGAUCAACAACUCGCCCGCCAACGCGGCGCACAAGUUCGUCAGCAACUACGUGUCGACCGCCAAGUACAACAUCAUCACCUUCAUCCCCAAAUUCCUCUUCGAACAAUUCUCCAAAUACGCCAACCUGUUCUUCCUGUUCACCGCCGUUCUUCAACAAAUCCCCAAUGUGUCCCCGACAAAUAGGUACACGACAAUCGUACCGCUCGCCAUUGUGCUGACUGUAUCGGCCAUCAAGGAGUUGGUGGAGGAUUACAAGCGACGAAUGUCAGACAGGGGAUUGAACUACUCAAAAACGCAAGUGCUCAAGGGCUCCUCAUUCCACGAAACGAAGUGGGUGGAUGUUUCAGUAGGCGACGUGGUUCGAGUCGAAUCGGAGGAGCCUUUUCCCGCGGAUUUGGUUCUCCUGGCAUCGUCCGAACCCGAGGGUCUCUGCUAUAUUGAAACCGCGAACCUGGAUGGCGAGACAAACUUGAAGAUCAAACAGGCCAUCCCCGAAACCGCGCAUCUUGUUAGUCCCAGUGACCUGAGCCGUUUGAGCGGGCGUGUCCGAUCGGAACAACCCAACAGCAGUCUGUAUACCUAUGAGGCUACGGUUACUAUGAAUGCUGGAGGCGGCGAGAAGGAAUUGUCUCUCCAGCCCGAUCAGCUCCUGUUGCGUGGUGCGACUUUGCGGAACACACCUUGGAUUCAUGGUAUUGUCGUCUUUACAGGCCACGAGACUAAGUUGAUGCGAAAUGCAACGGCCACGCCUAUCAAGCGGACUGCUGUGGAGCGGCAGGUCAACGUUCAAAUUUUGAUGCUCGUGGGUAUUCUUAUUGCUCUGAGCAUCAUCAGUUCUGUCGGCGAUCUUAUUAUUCGUCAGACAGCAUCCAACACGUUGGCCUACCUCGACUACGGACAUGUCAACCCUGUCAAGCAGUUCUUCAUGGAUAUAUUCACCUACUGGGUGCUCUAUUCCAACUUGGUUCCGAUCUCUCUCUUCGUCACUAUUGAAAUCGUCAAGUAUUUCCAAGCAUUCCUCAUCAACUCCGACCUGGACAUCUAUUACGACAAAACCGACACUCCCGCGACCUGCCGUACAUCCUCCUUGGUGGAAGAGCUUGGCCAGAUUGAGUACAUCUUCUCCGACAAGACAGGUACACUCACGUGUAACAUGAUGGAGUUCAAGCAGUGCAGCAUUGCCGGUGUCCAGUAUGGUGAUGAUGUUUCCGAAGAUCGGCGCGCUACCGGGGACGAUGAUGGUGAGUUUGGUGUUUACGACUUCAAGACACUACGACAGAACCUGCAAUCGCAUCCGUCACAGAACGCUAUUCAGCAGUUCCUUACGCUUCUGGCUACCUGUCACACGGUUAUUCCUGAACGCAAUGCCAAAGAUCCGACUCAAAUCAAAUACCAGGCUGCCUCACCCGACGAGGGCGCCUUGGUAGAUGGCGCCGCUUCCCUGGGAUAUCGUUUCACCAACCGCAAACCACGCUCGGUGAUAUUCGAGGCUGGCGGAGAAGAAUUCGAAUAUGAGUUGCUCGCUGUUUGUGAGUUCAACUCGACACGGAAGCGAAUGUCGACAAUCUUCAGGUGCCCAGAUGGCAAGAUCCGGGUCUACUGCAAGGGCGCUGACACGGUUAUCCUCGAGCGAUUGCACCCUGACAACCCGACCGUGGAAACCACGCUCCAACAUCUUGAAGAGUAUGCCUCGGAGGGUCUGCGAACGCUGUGUCUCGCAAUGCGCGAGGUCCCGGAAGAAGAGUUCCAGCAGUGGUGGCAUGUCUUUGACAAGGCUGCCACCACCGUUAGCGGUAAUCGCGCUGAUGAGCUUGACAAAGCUGCUGAGCUGAUUGAGAAGGAUUUCUAUCUUCUCGGUGCUACCGCUAUUGAGGAUCGACUGCAGGAUGGCGUCCCAGAUACCAUUCACACGCUUCAAACAGCUGGAAUCAAGGUCUGGGUCCUGACUGGUGAUCGGCAGGAAACGGCCAUCAACAUCGGCAUGUCUUGCAAGCUCAUCUCUGAGGACAUGACCCUUCUUAUCAUUAACGAGGAGUCAUCCGAGGCUACGCGCGCCAAUUUGCAAAAGAAGAUGGAUGCAGUCAAGAGCCAAGCUGGAUCCGGUGACAUCGAGGCCCUGGCUUUGAUCAUCGAUGGAAAAUCCUUGACCUAUGCCUUGGAAAAGGACAUGGAAAAGCUGUUUUUGGAUCUAGCUGUUCAGUGCAAGGCGGUUGUCUGCUGCCGUGUGUCUCCUCUCCAGAAGGCACUGGUUGUCAAGCUUGUCAAGAGGCACUUGAAGUCUUUGCUUCUGGCUAUCGGUGACGGUGCGAACGACGUGUCCAUGAUCCAAGCUGCCCAUGUCGGUGUGGGUAUCAGUGGCAUGGAAGGUCUCCAGGCUGCUCGAUCUGCCGACGUGGCGAUCGGUCAAUUCCGUUUCCUUCGGAAACUGCUUUUGGUCCACGGAGCUUGGAGUUACUCUCGCAUCAGUCGAGUCAUUCUGUACUCGUUCUAUAAGAACAUUACAUUGUAUAUGACCCAAUUCUGGUAUUCCUUCCAGAACGCCUUCUCCGGAGAAGUCAUCUACGAAUCCUGGACCCUCUCCUUCUACAACGUCCUCUUCACCGUCUUGCCUCCAUUCGCCAUGGGAAUCUUCGACCAGUACAUCUCCGCUCGGUUGCUUGAUCGCUACCCUCAACUCUACCAGCUAGGCCAGAAGGGUGUUUUCUUCAAGAAACACAGCUUUUGGGCUUGGGUGUUGAACGGAUUUUUCCAUUCCCUGAUUCUCUAUCUCGUCUCCGAGCUCAUUUUCUUCUGGGAUCUCCCCAUGGCCGACGGCAAGACUGCCGGUCACUGGGUCUGGGGCGAGGCCUUGUACACUGCCGUCCUCGCUACCGUCCUCGGAAAGGCGGCUCUGAUUACCAACCUUUGGACAAAAUACACCUUUAUCGCCAUCCCCGGUUCCAUGAUCAUCUGGCUGAUCUUCCUUCCGGCCUACGGUUUCGCUGCUCCCGCCAUUGGAUUCUCCCAUGAAUACUACGGUACCAUCCCAGUGCUCUUCAAAACACCCAUCUUCUACCUGAUGGCCGUCGUCCUACCCUGUAUCUGCUUAAUGCGUGAUUAUGCUUGGAAGUACGCCAAGCGCAUGUACUACCCUCAGCAUUACCACCACGUCCAGGAGAUCCAGAAAUUCAACGUGCAGGACUACCGUCCUCGAAUGGAACAGUUCCAGAAAGCUAUCCGGAAGGUUCGGCAGGUCCAGCGCAUGCGCAAGCAGCGCGGCUACGCCUUCUCUCAAGCCGACGAUGGCGGCCAAAUGCGUGUCUUGAACGCCUACGAUACCACCCAGGGUCGUGGCCGGUACGGUGAGAUGGCCAGUUCCAGAACUCAGGCAUUAUGA